AUGCCCACUGACGUUGACGCUAUUUUGAAGCUGAGCCGGCAGAUAGCCACUCUCUCAAAAGAGUUUGAGGAUGGCAAGACACCGCAAAAACCAGUCCAAGAUGCUUUAAUUGCGCACAAUGCGGCUGUUCGCAGCGUCCUUUCCAUGGGAGUUCUCGAUGAAGUCCCUCUUGACGGCAGUGCAAUCAGCGCAGAAGACCUGGCUUCGCGCUUGAACAUCAACCCAGAACUUGUCGACCGCGUUCUCCGAGCUUGCGCCAGCACGCAUUUCUUCACCUCUCCCAAGACGAGCACCUACGCCCAUAGCGCUCUGUCCCGCGUGUAUCUCUCCCCCGACAACCGCGCACUCUCGGCACAGAUGUACGAUUUCACCGGCCAAGGUGUCCUGGCCAUACCCGCUUUUGGCGAGUCCAACGGCUGGAAAACCGCUGGCGACUACUACCACGGCCCCUUUCAGCUGGCCCUCAGCACCGACCUCGGGUACUGGGAGUACCUUGCCGCCCAUCCUGAGCGCAUGAAGUCGUUUAACACGGGAAUGAGAGUUGGCAAGAUCGGCCGCCGCGCGAACGCAUUUCCAUUCGGCGACGUCCUGGAGCUGGAUCCGUGCAAGGAAGACGAAGUUGCCAUUGUGGACGUUGGCGGCGGGAGGGGCCAGUCUCUGGAGACGAUCCGCGAAGAUUGGCCGCUGCUGAAGGGGCGCUUCGUGUUGCAGGAUCUACCCGGCGUGAUCAAGGAUGCCGAGGCGAAGGGCGUGCCCGAGUUCAUCGAGACGUGUCCGUUGUCGUUCUUCGAUAAGCAACCGGUCUCAGGUGCCCGAAUCUAUUACUUCCGGCGUAUAUUCCACUGUUGGACCAAUGAGAAGUCCCGUCAGAUUCUCGUGAACACGAAGGAGGCCAUGAAUGAGUACUCCCGGGUCCUGAUUGCUGACAUGGUUCUGCCGGAUAUCAACUGCCCGAGGGACUUGGCAAUGCAAGACUUGAACAUGAUGAGCUUGGGCGGUAUGGAGCGUUCGGAGUCGGACUGGAGGCGGCUGCUUGAGUCGGCGGGUCUGUCUAUGCGGAAGGUCUGGCUCAAUGAAGACGGUCCGAAGCAUGCUGUCGUAGAGGCUGUUUUGCCUGGAUUCAAGGGUCAUCACCUUUGA